AUGGGUAAUGACGGUGGCAGUAUUCCAACUCGCCGUGAGCUUGUCCGCGAAGCAGCCCGUGCCCCGAGCACGGCGCAAGUAAAAGAGACCCAGCGCGAACAACAAGAACACUCCUGGACUACCUGUCCUCUCUCGCACAAGUCGCUAUCCCGGCCAAUUGUCUCAGACUCCGUGGGGAAUCUUUACAACAAGGAUGCUAUACUCCAGUUCCUGCUCCCCGGCGACGAUGUUGAGGGCAUCAGCUCCAAGGCCGACUGCGAAGAGAUCCUGUGCGGGCGAGUGAAGUCGCUCCGGGAUGUGGUAGAGUUGAAGUUUGAAGUUGAUACCGAACUCACGGAGCACCCGUCAGGCCGUGCUCAUGCGCCCCGUGAGCGCCGCGAGGGCUGGAUCUGCCCGAUCACCGCAAAGCCGUUGGGCCCGAAUGUGAAGUCUGUGUACCUGGUGCCGUGUGGGCAUGUAUUUGCGGAGGAGGCUAUCCGACAGCUUAAAGGCGACAAUGCAACGAAUCCUUACACCGAAGAGAACAUCAUUAACAUCCUUACCACCAAAAAAGAAGACAAGCAACGUCUGAUGGCGCGAGGCCAGAAACUUGCUGAACAAGGCCUCACACACUCACUCAAAAAAGCCCCCGGCUCAAAGAAGCGCAAGAAGAAUGCCACCGCCGAGGGCAUGACUGAUGUUCCCGGUACCAUAGAGCCCGCUGACUUGGUAGUACCUAAACAAUCAUCAGAUUCCAAAAGCCGAAUCAACACUUCCGCACCAGUGUCUAAUACUGGUUCUGGCAAUGGAAUCAAGAACGCUGCUACUUCUUCGCUCACUGCUCGUGUGUUGGCGGAGGGAGAAUGA